CGGCUGCUGAAGCAAAAAAACAACUUAUUGAAGAUUUUAUAGAAGCAUUUGUAACAGCAGACAUUCCUCUUGAAAAGGUCAAUUCACUACUUUUAUUUUUUAAAAAACAUGUUAAAAAUGGUGGUUCUAUUCCUCAAGCUCCUACUCUUAGACAAAAUUAUCUACCUAAU